AUUUUCUCUAAAUUUUUAACAUAUGGUGUACAUAUCUUGAUUGAUCAUUUUAAUGUGUGAAUAUUGUAAUUUCUUUUUGAACUACCGCGAACAAACUUUCUUCUUUUGCACCGAACUUUCUUAUCUGUAAUAUGGUGAUGUUAAAUCUUAUCUAUAAUAGAAACGUUAACUGCCCAUAAUAUCUGAAUUAUCACGAUAACUUUUUGAGAAGUAUCGAUUUGUAUUAAAUAAACGUAAUUCUUUUAAUAAGGCUUGUGCGUUCAUUUCAAAGUACGAAGCACGUAUCGAUUGUAGUCAUAAUAGUUUUAUAAAUGGUAUACGUGGUGAGAAAAAUUUGUUCAACAACAGAUAAGAGUUAUAGAAUUUUUAGCACUUAAAGUACACUGAUACUCGUGGUAAGUUCUUCGACGAUCAAUAACAUAUUGAAGUGUUUUCCACUGGAGUUUUUAAAGAGGAAAAAUUUGUAACAUUUAGAAAAGACAAAAAUGAAAGUAGCCAUAGUUGGAGGUGGAAUAAUUGGUUUAACUACAGCCUCACAAUUAAAUCGUGAAUUACGUAACGCUGAAGUCACUGUUUUCGCUUCUGACUUUAAUGAUACUGUCAGUCAUGUGGCUGCUGGAUUAUUUAGAGUUGGUUCAUCAUAUUCUGGACCAACCGAAGAAAUAACAAGAGAUUGGCUGCGAGAUUCGUAUGCAUAUUAUGAUAAUAUUCGAAAAUCUCACGAAGCUUCUUCCGCUGGUGUAACUGCUAUUUCCGGUUACAUGUUCGCAAAUUCUUCUCCGGAAACCGUAAAGAGUCAUUGGAUGAAAGAUUUGGUACCAAUAUAUAGAAGAGUUACGGAUGAAGAAUUUCAAUUAGUGGAAGGUAACUGGAAAUAUGGGUCAUUUUUUAGUACUCUCCUCACCGAAUGCAAACUACAUCUGCCAUGGGCACGCAAGAAAUUAGAAGAAAAUGGUACCAAAUUAAUUGUAAAGAAGGUAGAUUCUCUAAGGGAACUUGUAUCCGAUUGGGAUUUAAUCAUAAAUUGUACAGGUCUUGGUGCACGAUAUUUAUGUAAUGAUAGAUAUCUUGUUCCUAUGCGUGGUCAAGUAUUCAAAGUAAAGGCACCAUGGAUGAAAACAUUCUUUUAUGGCGAGAUAGAUACUUACAUUAUACCCGGUUUUAAUGGUGUAGUUACUCUGGGUGGUUCAAGAUAUUUUGGUUCUGAAAACAAGAAACUCUGUCCGUAUGAAUCUAAAGCGAUUCGCGAGAGAUGCGAAAAUUUACUCCCAAGUCUCAAGAAAGCAGAACUUGUAAAAGAAGAGGUUGGCUUGAGACCACACAGAGAAAACAACGUCAGAGUGGAAGUUGAACAUAUCGUAAAUGGGUUUUCUAAAGCUAUUCUAGUGCAUAAUUACGGACAUGGAGGUUACGGAGUAUGUACAGCACCUGGAACUGCUAAGUAUGCUGUUCAAUUAGCAAAAGAGAUGCACAAAUCUACUGCAAAAUUAUGAAAGAUUAAUAUUGUUUUAAUUUAUAUUAAUGAGAUAUUAAUCUAGUUAUAUUUAUAGAAAUUUUACAACAAUUGCUCACGAAUAUACAGUUUAUUAACGAAUUUACAGAAGAAAAUCGUUAAUACGGGCUAAUACUGCGUGGUAAUCUUUUCCUUUCUUUCGUUUUACGCGCAACAUAAUAUACUUGUAUCUUCAGAUUGUAUUUACGCAUCAUGAAACUGAUAAAUCUCAAACGAAAAUAAAGUGGUUCUUUCAUUAUCAACAU